GGGUGUGUGUGUGGGCCCAGUGGCUGGUGCUGUGGGUGGGUGUGUGCUUCCGCCGGUCCCAGUGAGUCCCGGUCACGUCAGUUGGGGCGCGGCUGAGCUGCAGCGAUGAGUUGGCACUUCAUUCAGUCUCGGACGUCGCCGGAGGUGUCGCAGUCGGUGCUCGGGAUUACCGUUCACGUUUAAAUGUGUAUUAGGCGAAGUCUCCGACACGUUCCUGAGGCGGGGAAUGUGGGGUUAAACCGACGGCAAUGAGAAUCGGAUCCGACAGCGGCAGCAACUGGCACUCAUCGCACCUUCCACGCGGGGUAUAGAGAGCCUCAGAGAGCGCUGUGAACAGCGAUCGAAGCCAAACCGCGGAAAAGGGGAAUAAGGCGAACCGUAGAAAUGGCUUGCUUUGAAGAAGUUGUGAAGGUAUCCGGGAAACACCCAAAGCCUCUGGGGCUGGUUCUUCAGUAUGGAACAGCGGGAUUCCGUGAAAAGGCUGAACAGCUGGAUCAUGUCAUGUUCCGCAUGGGAUUGCUGGCCGUCCUGAGGUCGAAGUUAUCCAAAUGUAGCAUUGGUGUAGUGGUCACGGCCUCGCACAACCCUGAGAUGGACAAUGGGGUGAAGCUGGUUGACCCUCUGGGUGAGAUGCUUGCCCCUGCCUGGGAAGAGUACGCCACACUGUUAGCAAACGCAGAAGAACAGCAUCUGAAGACUAUUCUGACCAAUGUUGUCGAGAAGGAGUCGAUCAACAUGCAGGAGGCGGCUCACGUGAUUCUUGGCAGAGACACACGGCCUAGCAGCCUCAAGCUUUCCCAGGCUGUUAUUGAUGGUAUCAGUGUCCUAGGAGGAAGCCACCAAGAUUAUGGCCUUGUCACCACCCCUCAGUUGCACUACAUGGUUUGCUGUUGGAACACCCAGGAGCAGUAUGGGACUGCAACAGUUGAAGGAUAUUACAAGAAACUAUCUCAAGCUUUUAUUGCACUGACAGCUAAGGCUUGCUGCAGCCCUGAACAACUGAAUGUGGACGGGGCUAAUGGUAUUGGAGCCUUGAAACUUCAGGAAAUGGAGCCAUAUCUGCAGAAGAAGCUUAUAUUGAAGCUGUACAACAAUGGUACCAGUGGCAAACUCAACCACCUCUGUGGGGCAGAUUAUGUGAAGGUCGGGCAGAAGCCACCUCAAGGUUUGGACAUGAAGGUUAACGAGCGGAGCUGUUCAUUUGACGGAGACGGGGACCGAAUUGUGUACUAUUACGCCGACAAAGCUGGGCAAUUCCAUUUACUUGACGGAGACAAGAUAGCAACUUUAAUUACCACCUUUCUGAUGGAACUUCUUGCCAAGGUAGACUUAGAUUUGCAGAUAGCAGUGGUGCAGACUGCCUACGCCAAUGGAAGCUCAACAAGAUACAUAGAAGAAGUUAUGAAGGUUCCCGUUCACUGUGUGAGUACAGGGGUGAAGCAUUUACAUCAUAAAGCCCAGGAGUUUGAUGUUGGUGUUUAUUUUGAAGCCAAUGGCCAUGGCACAGUACUUUUCAGUAAGGAAGCUGAGAAGAAGAUCAGAAGGAUGGUCCUGGAUGAGAAGCAAUCAAAAGAGAAAUGCGAUGCAGCUAAAAUGCUUGCAAACACUAUUGAUCUGAUCAACCAGACGGUGGGUGACGCCAUAUCAGACAUGCUGAUAAUCGAGGCCAUCCUUUCAAUCAAAGGUUUCACUGUGCAGCAAUGGAAUUCCAUUUACACUGACCUCCCCAACAGGCAACUCAAAGUCAAGGUGGUCAAUCGGCAAGUGAUCAGCACAGUUAACGCUGGGAGACGUGCAGUGACUCCCCCGGGGCUCCAGGAACAGCUCGAUAUUCUGGUGAAGAAGUACAAGUUGUCACGGGCUUUUGUUCGUCCAUCAGGCACAGAAGACGUGGUGCGGGUGUACGCUGAAGCAGACACCCAGAGCAAUGCAGAUACACUGGCACACAAGGUCAGCUGCCUUGUUUACGAGUUAGCUGGAGGUGUCGGAGAGAAACCGAAGCCACUGCAUUGAACAAAUAGAGAUCAAAACAUUAGCAAGUAUGUCAACAUUUGCAAAACCAGGUGCCUUACUUUACAAUAACACUACAUCGACUGGUAUCAGCACAGCUGGAAUUUCAGUAACCCUUCACACCUCAAUGUACAGAUUCCAUUAGAACAAAUGGUGGCCAUUUGUACGCUCUAAUCAGAAUUACUCACUGGAAAUCCUGACAAAGCAAAAGUUAAGUUUGAAAUAUUUGCCUGGAUAGGGUUAGAAUUUAGGAAAAGUACCCCCACAAGAGCUGCAGAAAUGAGGCAUUUGCAGCCUUUUGUUAUUAUUUAGAUUCCAGCCCAGCUCACUCCCACUUCUGAGCCAGAAGGUUGUGGGUUCAAGUCCCGUUAGGAUUUUGAAGUCACAUUCCAACAGAGUGCUGCAGUGCACUGCAUUGUCGGGAGGCGCUGUCCUUCAGAUUAGAUAUUAAACUGAGAUCCCUUCUGCCUGUUCAGGUGGAUGUUAAAGAUCUCGCGACACUACUUGGAAAGAGGAGGGACUUUCUUCCAGAUUAAAUUGUUCACUAUUGUCUGUUUGUGGGAUAUUGCGGUGUGCCUAUUGGCUAUCGCAUUGGCCUACAAAAUACACAGUCACUGCAUUUUACAGUAAAAUCCAGUGA